AUGUUAUCUUCAACUGUUAGGAAAUCUACGUUACAACUAACCAAACCAAUCUGGUCGAUUAGAUCAUUGAGUGCUAAGGCUCCAGUUACAUCUCAAACAAGUGAAGAUGCUAAGGGGCUAACUUGGGCGGAUUUUUUUGCUUUGAGAAGAACAGAAAGAAAGAUUAAUGUUGGUUCAUCGAUCUUUACAGCUUUGGUAGGUAGUAAUUUAUCAUGGGCGUACUUGUCGACUAUGCAGAUCGAUCCAACGCAAACAUUAUUAGGAUUUGAUCCUUUAGUGGCGAUUUCCGCAGGGUUGAUAGCUUCUGGUACUUUGGGCUAUUUAUUUGGCCCAUUGUUGGGUUCUCAGAUUUUUAAUGUUGGUCAUUCAAAGAAAUUGAAAAGUUACACCGCCAAAAACAAAGAAUUCUUGAAGAAAAUCAUCUCAAAUAGAGUGGAUGCAUCUUCCCAAUCCUUUAGUAAUCCAGUUCCAGAUUAUUACGGUGAAAAGAUAGGAUCUAUUAAAGAAUAUAGACAAUGGUUAAGAGAUUGUCAUGCUUACAGAAGAAAAGCAAAAGAAUUCUUGUAA